UGUCAUAGCAAUGGCUCCUAAUCCUACAUCUGGGUGGAUACAACUACAAGAUCGCUUUUACAGGAAAGUAGAAGUGUACUCACUACUAUGGAAGCAGAUUGAGCUUUCGAAAUUCAUUAUCGCUGGAGCGCAAUAUGGUGGUCCCAUUGCCAUGAUACGUGACGACAAAAAGGUGUUAUUGCUACAAAACCAACAGCCCAUAAAACCCAUUAUAUACAUAUAUAGCUCUGCAGGAAAGCUUCUACAGCAGAUUCAGUGGGAUAAGGGACGAAUAGUCGCUAUGGGAUGGACAGAGCAAGAGCAGCUAGUUGUUGCUAUGGAAGAAGGAACGAUCAGAAUGUAUAAUCUCGACGGCGAAUAUACUCAAUUUACCCUAGGAAAGGAAGCGAAAGAGCAUGGCGUCACAGAUUGUCAGAUAUGGGGUAACGGUCUCGUUGCAAUGACUGGAAACUACCAGCUCAUAUCUGUUACCAAUUUUGAGGAACCAAGACCAAAACAGUUGGCGGAUCCAGGAAUUUCCGAACCUCCACACUGUUGGACCGUCAUUUUACCACAGUAUACCCUCAGCAGACAUGUUGAAGUUUUGAUUGCAACAGCAGCCACUAUCAUAGUUGUGGAUGGUCAGGACGCAGUAGAUCAGCGCUUGCAAGGACCAUUCACGAAGAUGGCUGUCUCUCCAAACGGAAAGUUCCUGGCUUUAUUUACAUCAGAAGGAAAGCUUUGGGUAGUGUCCACAGAUUUCCAAAAGAAUCUAUCAGAAUUUGCCACAAAAUCGGGUAUUCCACCCCAACAACUUGCAUGGUGCGGAACCGAUUCUGUUGUGCUAUACUGGGAGCUUUCUACUAGUAAAAUAGUGCUGAUGAUUGGGCCAUUCGGCGACUGGAUCAAACUCUCUUAUGAUGAUGCCAUUUAUUUGAUCCCAGAGAUUGAUGGUGUCAGAGUCAUCACCGCGGACAAGUGCGAGUUUUUACAAAAAGUUCCAAGCCCAACAGAAGAAAUUUUCGCGAUUGGAUCUACUUCUGCAUCGGCAAUGCUGUACGACGCCCUUGAUCACUUCGAGCGGAAGAGCCCGAAAGCAGACGAUAACAUUCGCGGUAUUCGUGCUGAGUUAGGAGAUGCGGUUGACAACUGUAUUGAAGCGGCUGGACAUGAAUUUUCAGAACAUUACCAACGGCUAUUGCUGAAGGCUGCAGCUUUCGGAAAAUGCUUCCUGGAUAGCUAUAAUGCGGAACAAUUUGUAAACAUGGCGCAAAAUUUGCGAGUUAUGAACGCUGUGCGAUACUAUGAUAUUGGUAUUCCCAUCACUUAUGCUCAAUACCAGCGACUGACUCCAGAGUCACUGAUUGAUCGCCUCAUUAACCGCAACCACCAUCUGCUUGCUAUGCGCAUUGCAUCAUAUUUGAAAAUUCGAACAGAUCGCAUUCUUAUCCACUGGGCCUGUGCCAAAAUUAAAGCGUCGACGGAAGAUGAAGAAACAAUCUGCCGAGCCAUCGUCGAUAAGUUAUCUCUAAAUGCCAGCUUGUCAUAUGCCGAGAUUGCAAAGACAGCCUACAAAGCUGGUCAGCCUCGACUAGCUACAAGGCUUUUGGACUAUGAACCAAGGGCGGCUGAUCAAGUGCCGCUAUUGAUUUCAAUGCAAGAGGACGAAUUAUCGCUAGUGAAAGCGAUCGAAAGUGGCGACACUGAUUUAGUCUACCUGGUUAUUUUCCACCUGAAGCGUAAACUGCCGCUGGGAGAAUUUUUCCGCUUGGUCAAUAACAAACCAUUAGCUUGUAACCUUUUGCAAGUAUACUGCAAAGAGCAAGAUAGGGAAUUGUUGAAGGAUUUUUAUUAUCAAGAUGACCGGCGAAUAGAAAGUGCAAACCUGUCGUUAGAAGAAAGCUUUGGAGAGACGGACAUUGUUGAAAGAAUUAGCAAAUUGAGGAUUGCACUGAAAUUAUACCAGGACGACCGUAAUCAUACAUUCGAAGCAAAGAUGGUCGAAGACUCCAUCAAAGUACUUCAACUUCAAACACAGCUGGAAAAAGAUUUGAAAGAGUCGUUCGUAGGCUUGUCAAUCAGUCAGACAAUUCACAAGUGUAUAAUUCUCGGACAAAGCAGCAAAGCAGCUAAAAUUAAGACCGAUUUCAAAGUAACAGAAAAGAGAUUCUGGUGGAUCAAAUUGCAAGGUUUAGUUGAAACUCGAGACUGGGAGGAGCUUGAGAAGUUUGCAAAGUCUAAAAAAUCCCCCAUUGGAUACGAGCCAUUUGUGCAAGAGUGCAUUAAAAUGAGACAAUUCCAAGAAGCUUCCAAAUACAUCAUGAAAUGUGAGCCUGCUGCCAGACCAAUGCUGUUCGUCAAAAUUGGCGCCUUCAGAGAAGCGGCGGAACAAGCAUUUACCAAUAAAGAUAUGGCCACCUUACGGGAGGUGCGAGCAAAGUGCCCUAAUAGCGUUGUUGGCCAGGAAGUCGAUAAUUUGAUUAUACAACUUGACACCAAGUAAAAUCUAGUCUUGGAUUUUAAUAUAUAACUUUUACAUCAUACCAU